AUGGUUGAGAUUAAGCACGAGCCUCCGAAUAGCCCUGGGGUGCAGAGUCCUAGCACUCCUGACGACAGCAAACAUCGUCUGAUCUACAGCAAAUCCAAAGUCUAUGUGAAUCCCACGGCGUACGCUAGAGACAACAUCGCAGGGUUCGUCGCGCUUGUCAAGCGGGAAGCAGUAAAUCCGAGCUACCUUCUUGCUUGGAUACCAGAAACCUUGUUAUAUGAGAAGGGCCAGAGCGAGUGGGACAAGUUCACCAAGAUCGAGGACAGUACCGGCGUGGACGAUGAGGAUGAAGAUGCUGUUUUGAUCGACCUCCCAACCCGUCCAGAGUCAUACGCGUUCUCUGUGCCGAUUACCUCGAUAUAUUCCCUAAUCGUGCAUUCCCCCUCUUUGUCUUCUUGGCAUGGAUCUAUCUCAAUCAACCUCAUCAAUGGGUCUACGCUUCCUACGCUCUAUUUCCAUGAUGACGAGUCCCGUUCGUUCACCAUGGCCGCGAAGUCUCCGACCGAGAACCAGCCCAGCACCUCCACGUAUCCUCCAGCGCCGUCAGAGGCGACACCUGCUCCGAAGUCGGGUGUGUCCUGGGGUGGAGACGACUUAUUGAGCCGCAUGCGUCACUACGCGAAUAUCAUGCGUUCGAAUAUCGAGCCGACUCUGCACUUGGUAGAUCCGUCUCGCGAAGACAUGGAGACCCACUCGACGCAACUGUUCUCGGACACAGCCGUCGACGACAUCCUCGCUCAGUCAUCCUACGGCAACUCUCACUCACCGGUCCCCGCUCAUCGCCGCCCACGGCCCGUCUCCUCUCCUAAUCCGUACUCUGCUCGUUCUUCAAUCCUGCAUCGCUCCCUUCCGUCACCCUCCUCACCCACCGCGUCCUCUUUACAAGCGCGCAUGGCGCUUUUACAGUCCUUCUCGCACAUCACCCGCCACGCCGCCCACGCUGCACAGCAAAUCCUCUCUCACCCGCUCGCUAAGCCGAUUGUCCCGCACUUGCCCGACCCCGUCAAGAGCCUCGUCAACGCGAACGGCGAGUGGGAAUGGGGGAGCUGGGUCGAGAAGGGCGGCGUGGGCGAGUUCGAGAGCGCGCGGGUCUACCUGGCGCGCUGGGCGCGCAUCGUCGCGGAGGAGGGCGAGCGCUCGCGGAGGCGGGAGGCGCAGACGUUGUCCUCGUCGGAGAUGGAAGAGGAGUCGUCUGAUCUGGGCGUCUUUGAGCUCUUGCAGUCUACGGCGAACCUGCCCGUGCCGAAGUCGUCGAGGGAGCCCAAGCUUCCUGUGGACGGGAAGAUGUGGACGAGCUGGUUUGACGCGGAGGGCAGGCCGAAAAUUCGCAUCGAGGAGAUGAAACGCGAGGUCUUCCGGAGAGGGAUUAGUCCGAAGGGUACGUUGAGGAAGGAGAUAUGGCCCUUCUUGUUGGGAGUCUUCCGGUGGGAUGUCACGGAGGCCGAACGAAGGCGGCUCUGGGAGGAGCGAAGAGUACAAUACCACAGAAUCAAGAAUGAGUGGUGGGGUGUCCCGGAGGUCUUCGACCGCGCAGACGUGAUCGAGGAACGGCAUAGGAUUGACGUCGACUGUCGUCGAACAGAUCGUGCACAACCCAUGUUUGCUGGCCCGCCGGAUGAAAGCACGGACGACGAGAAAGGCACGCAUAUGCGCUACUCGACUAUAUCCCCGCAAUUGUACGAUAUUGGGGCGCAAGCACCAACGAACGAGCACAUUGAGCGCCUGGGGACCAUUUUGCUCACGUACAACUUCUACGAGAAAGAGCUUGGGUAUGUACAAGGGAUGUCGGACCUUUGCGCACCGGUCUUUGUCGUUAUGGAGGGCGACGAGGAGCUCACGUUCUGGUGCUUCGUGGAGAUAAUGGAUCGCAUGAAGCAGAACUUCCUUCGAGAUCAGAGCGGGAUGCGGGAGCAGUUGUCUACACUACAACAAUUAAUUUCUGUCAUGGACCCGGAGCUCUAUCGUCACUUCGAGAAAACUGAGGCGCUCAAUCUGUUCUUCUGUUUUCGGUGGAUACUGAUUCACUUCAAGCGUGAAUUCGCGUUCGAAGACGUUCUGCGCCUGUGGGAAGUACUCUGGACAGACUACUACAGCAACAGCUUCGUUCUUUUCGUAGCAUUGGCGCUUCUCGAGUCUCACAGAGACGUCAUACUGCGAUACCUUGUCGAAUUUGACGAAAUCCUGAAGUACUGUAACGAGCUCAGCAUGACUAUCGAGCUCGACAGCACCCUCGCUCAGGCGGAAGUCCUCUUCCUUUCCUUCGCACAGCUGGUGGCAGACAUGGAUCGCCGCGCGGCGGACGACGAGUCACGAAGCAACGGUAACGUUCGACGGCGCACUGCUGCCAGCGGGACAACGAAUGAGAAAACCGAUGCCAAGGCCGCACCGAAACGACCAGUAUUGAGUGAGGACCUUCGGGGCCUUCUUGUUGCAGGGCGAUGA